AUGUCCCUGAGUCCUUCAACCUUCCCCAAUGAGAUUCUCUUUCUUCAUCUGCUUUUCUUGCUCCAUCCACUAAUGAUCAAACUCGAUGAGAUUGCGUCUCGGCUUGUACCUCAGCAGAGAAAUCAAGUCUUCUCUGGUUUAGAAAGUAUUCUUGGCAAAGUUGUGCAGAUUUUCGAGAUCUUCUGCAUUGCUGAAUUGCCUGACGCUCAGUAUGGAAUGGACGGGCCGGAAUCGAUUUUCAAUGGAGGACAAGACGUGGACAUCCUGCAAGGGUUCGGGCAGGGCCUAACUUCAGACGCGUAUGUCGCGAACAAGCCCUACAACCAAUAUAACAUUCAGUCCUCACAAUCAACCUUCUCCAACUUCCCCAGAGCUCCCGGCAUCAUGUCUCAGCCUUACAUGGUCAAUGAGGUCCCCAUGGCCCCAUACGGCGAGAGCGCGGGCUUCAACGCUUUCCCUCAAGGCCCGUUUGGUGGCGGCAAUGCGAUUCCUCAGAACAUCUCCAUGCCGUACGGUCAGCCGUACAGCAAUGACUUGAGCAUGAACAACAACGUCAACAACCCCAUGUUGAUGCCAGCACAGGACUUUCAGAGUUAUCCACCAAUGCAACCCGCCAUGAAUAGUGGCUUUGUGCAGCCGACAAAAGCCCUGCAUGCUGCCGACAGUGGAAACGACGGCAUGGGAUAUAAAGAUCCCUUUCCCAGCAUGGACAAAAGCAAGUCGCUUCCUUCACAGCCAGCCAAGGUCGAGCCGGCGACUUUUGAUUUCGAAAUUUUUGAGCUUGAUGUCUCAGAGAAAGUCGAAGAAAAGCCCGCAAAGCGAGGACCGAAGCGAUCGCUGGCCGCCACCAUUGAGAGGAUGGAGAAGCAUAAAGUGUUGGAGCGCAAGAGGAGAGAGAAGACAAAGGAGUUAAUGUCAGAGCUUCAAGCUUUGAUCCCGACUGUUGAGAAUGUAGAGGAGAGUCUAACAAUGAACACGGUCCUGGAGGAGGCGAUACAGCAUCUCAAAGAGCAACACGCACAAAAGCAACAACUUGUGCCUGUCAAGAAGGAAACGGAGAGUGGAGAAUUCGGGGGUUUGGCUGGAGCCUUUUCAAACAAAGACAACCGAGACGGCCUGAGUAUCAUCCAAAGUCAAGAUGACGACCUCUCGGUGUUCGGUGGAGAGCUGGUGGUCCCGUCCCAGAACCCCGGCGCCAUCUCCGAUCAAGUGGCUGCUCUGGAGCAGUCGAGCUCAUCCAAGACCCUCAAGUACAACAUCGCAAGGAUGCCGGACCAGGAGUUCAAGUACUUCAGAUUGGUGCUCAUGCAGGAGACCCUCUACGCAAAGAUGCUGCAGAGGUGGGAGGCGAAGAUGGGGCUGGAGCUGGGCCUCUCACUGCAGGAGCUGGAAGAGAUCCUCAACAUCUCAGAGAGCGGCAAGGGCGAGCAGUGGGCCGAGCUGAAGGAGGCGCUCAACGCUGACCUGGCGGUGAGAAGCGAAGGCCUCGUUGGGUUCGUCUACUCCGCCUUCCGCCUCGCAGUGGAGCGAAGGUACCUGGGCAACCCUGAGGACGUGCGGAAGGCUCAGCUGCGGCUGGCGGAGUACUUCGAGCACAAGCACAAGAGCGACCAGGACGUGAGGAGGGCGGCGAGCGAGCUGCCCUACGUGUUGGAGAGCGUUGGGGAGUGGUCGAGGUUGAGGAGAUGCCUGUCCAGCUCGCUGGAUAUGCUGUACCAGCUGUACAAUGACAAGGACAAGGGUGAUCUCCUCCGCUUCUGGCGGAAAGGAGGAGACCUGGAGAGCAGCGGGUACCAGGAAGCUUCCAAGUGCUACGUGCAGAGGCUGCAGAAGUUUGAGCAAGAGGGGAUGGCGCCCCAGAGCAGUCUCAUCACUGCACGAUUCCUUGGGGAUGCAGGGCAAUUCAAGGAGGCAGAGAACAUCCUUGAGAAGGCUCGCGAGCUCACCAAGGAGCUGGGGGGAGAUCACAAGCUCGUGGCCGAAGUGUCGCUGAGAUGCGCUGAGCUGCUCAACAAGUGGGCCGCGUCCUCCCCCGAGUACACGGAGGAGAUGAUGGUGCGGUCGGCGCAGUACGCCAAGGAGGCGGCAGAUCUCUUUGCCGAGAUCGGAUCCGAGGAGGCGAAGGAGGACCAUGCCACUUCGCUCUACUGGAUGGGAUUGAACUUCGGCACGUUGUGUAGGAUAGGAGGUGGAGGAAGUUGGGGGUCCAAGGAAGCGCAUGAGAUAGCGUUGCAGUCGCUGAACCAGUGUCAAGCACUGCGAGAUGAACUUAACUCACCACAAGUUCAAGGUCUCCUCCACCCGAGGACCCAGCAGGCUCAUCGAGUGUACAAGGAGCUGAUCAGCAAAGUGCAGGAGGCAAAGGAGAAGACGAGCGAGAGCUUCAACAUGUGA